CUUAUGGGAUAGGCUGUGUUCAGAUUUCAACAACAACUACAUUGCAAAACGAGUAGCUUGUAAACCUUUCUCUGCGCCCGCGUAUGACUUUCAACUCUGUUCAUUCCCUUGCCAUGAUCGCUAGCUUAAAAUUCGCACGCAAACCCACUCUUCAUCUUCGUUCCACUCCCUUCCAAUGUGUCCCCAAGGUUGUGCCGAGAUUUCUCGCUGCGGUUGAGGCUGAGGCCCCGACAAACGAGCAAACCAGUGUCUCAAUUCGUGAAGAAGAAAUCGGGAAGGCCCCGGCAUGGAAGAGACUGAAUUACGAAGAGCUUGGGAUUCGCAAUUCAAUGAUUGGAAGCACUACGAAAAAGGUUCUCAACGGGCUGAGGAAAAAGGGAUAUGAUGUAUACCUUGUAGGAGGUUGUGUGCGGGAUCUUAUUCUAAAGAAAACACCAAAGGACUUUGAUAUUAUAACUUCAGCUGAGCUUAAAGAGGUGACGAGAACAUUUUCAUGGUCUGAGAUAGUUGGUAAACGUUUUCCUGUAUGCCAUGUUCACAUGGAUGAUACCAUUGUUGAGGUUUCAAGUUUUGAUACUACUAAAUGCAAGGCGGGUAUGGAAUUCUCUCAUCAUAUUGAAGCACCUAGUGGAUGUGGCAAGAAGGAUCAUCUUCGUUGGAUGAAUUGUUUAAACCGAGACUUUACAAUUAAUGGGUUGAUGCUUGAUCCAUAUGCAAGAAUUGCCUAUGAUUAUUUUGGAGGAAUAGAAGAUAUUAGAAAAGCUAAAGUGCGAACAGUAAUCCCUGCCGAAACUUCAUUUCAGGAAGAUUGUGCUCGCAUUCUACGUGCAAUUAGAAUUGCUGCUCGCUUAGGAUUUAGUAUUUCAAAGGAAACAGCUCAUUUUAUUAAAAAUCUGUCUUCUUCAGUAUUAAGCCUUGAUAAGGGCAGGCUCUUGAUGGAAAUGAAUUAUAUGCUAGCAUUUGGUUCUGGGGAAGCUUCUUUGAGGCUAUUAUGGAAAUUCGGUCUUCUAGAUAUACUUCUUCCCUUUCAGGCUGCUUAUUUUGCUCAACAUGGAUUUCAAAGACGGGAUAGAAGAACCAAUAUGCUUCUGUCUUUGUUCUCCAAUUUGGAUAAACUUUUGGCACCUAAUCGACCAUGUCAUAAUAGCUUAUGGGUUGGUAUCCUAGCAUUACAUAAAGCAUUGAGUGAUCGACCAAGGAACCCUUUGGCUGUUGCUGCAUUUAGCCUUGCAGUUCAUAAUGGUGGAAAUUUGUUGGAAGCGGUAAGCAUGGCAGGGAUGAUCAACAAACCACAUGAUGUCAGAUUUCCUGAAUUAUUAGAUCCUUCAGGUCUGGAUGCUGAGGCAUUGGAAGCUGAGAUUCUGGAUCUUGCUGAGUCUGUUAGAGGGACAAUAUUGCAGAUGACAAAUGAAUAUUUUGUGUCUCAGGCUAUGGCUGACUAUCCUCAAGCCCCUCGUUCGAAUCUGGUAUUCAUCCCGAUAACAUUAUAUGUAAAAGUAUACAACAUGUUCGACUGUGUGAGAAGGAGUACCGUUAAGAAAUUUUUGUCAAAGCAACACAGGAAAAUUGAUUACCAGUCCUUAGCUCUGGGUAACCUGCAAGAAGUACGACAUGUUUUCGCAAGGAUUGUAUUUGAUACCGUAUACCCACUUUGCCCUAAUCAAAAUCAAUCAUUAAGAAGCAAUUGUAUUUCACAGGGAGGCUAGUUUAGUUUGAAAUUUUUAUCAGAAAUCAUGAGAAACAUGCUGCUGAAGUAGGCAUUUUAUCAAAAGGGAACUGUCCUAAAUUCCAGGCUCAAAGCAGUGGCUUGCAGGAAUUAUCAUCAAUUUCUUGUCAACUUUUGAGAGGAAGUUGCACUAGUGCACCACCCUACCCUGGUAUGCAAUGUGUCAGACUCGCUACAUAGUCAGAGGAUAAUAGAGAUUAGAGGGAGCGCUUUUUCGAGUGUAAAGGAAAGCUUAAAUCCAAGCUAUGCUGUGAAGCAUUCUGUACUGAAUAAUGUAUUGUAUUUAGCAAUUUCAAAUGUCCUCGUCAUAGAAUUGUGAGUUAUUGCGGAAUUCACCAAGUAAAAACGAGUUCUUUUUUGUUAGCGAAUGAAACACAGAAUUUUGGUG